AUGGCUGAAAUGCGCAUCAAAAACUUGGAAUUAUUGAAACGUCAUCAGGAAAUCGAGGAAGAUCGACAGCUUGCUCAACAAUCAGGUGUAACAACAGGAACUAAAACUGAAUCUUCAGAAGACAAGACACAGAUGAAGGGUGGAAAAAAAUCCCGUGGACGGAAUGCAACAAUUCAACAAAAUUUUCAGAGAAAUCCAAAUGAACAAAUGCAUCGAGCACCAAUAAGACGAAAAUUUGAAAAUGAUCGUAUUGAUAUUCAACCACAGCGUGCUCAACGAGUUGAUUACAAUCGUUUAAAACAUGAACGAGCACAAGAACUUGUAAAUCAACAACAACAACAUAAUAACAAUAAUAAUUCAAUCAGUCCUGAAUUACUUGAAUAUGCAUAUCCAUUUCAUCAUCGAACAGAAGAUAAUUAUGCUACUCGUGUGGGCAGUGGACGUUUAAAUCAACAACAACGAACUCAAGACCAAGGACAACGUCGACGAGAAGAACGAAUGCGUCGAUCUGGAAUACAUACUAAUGGUCAUACAGGAGAAGCUUCCGAGUUUCAUCUCGAUAUACCACAAAUAUCAAUGUGGCAAAAUGGUUCUCUACCACCUCCAAUUCACGUACAACUUUUACCUACAAAUAUCAAUGGACAUCAUACAGGUAUUGAUCAUUUUAUUAAUAAUGGUGGAGAACAAAUAGAUCAAUCUGUUUAUUCUCAUAAUUUUGUUUAUCCAUCUCCAGCUCAAUCAUCAACAUUCAAUGGAAAUGGUCCUGUUUACUUUGCUCAUCCAUCUUCACCUCUGUCAACUGGUCUUCCUUCUUCACAACCAUCACAACAACAUUUUCAUCAAUAUUAUCCAACUCGUACAUUUGAAAAUUCGAAUCGUCAUCAAUUUCAUCAUCCAUCUCAUUUUCAAUCAACUUCCAUUUUUCAACCACCAUUACCACCCCAUCCUCUUCCUCCUCCUCCUCCUCUUCCAACACAAUUAUCAACUCUAUCAACUUCAAACUCUCAUCUUCAUCAAGAACAAGAAGAUUCGUCCGUUGAUUUACCACCACGAUUUCGUCGUUUAAAAAAUUCAGAUCAAGACAAUAAAUAUUCUAAACAAAGGCCAAUGUCUGGUGAUUUUGAACGUUUAUAUAAUUCUUCUUUAAUGUCGAAUGAUAAUCGUUUUCAAUCACGUCCACAAUCAUUUUAUGAUUUUUCAUCUCAACAACAAUCAAAUGCAAAUUGUUUUCGUCCAUCAAACAACCAUAAUAAUAAUAAUAAUAAUAAUAAUAAUAACACGCGCUAUCAACGAUAUAAUAAUAAUAAUAGUAGCCUACCACUUGCUGCAUAUAUGAAUACAAACGAAUCAUCAUAUCGCAAUGAUAAUAUCAAUAAUAAUAAUAAUUAUUGGGGAACAUCAUAUCAAAAACGACGAUCAACAAAACAACGAACAUAUCAUCAUGAUAAACAUCAAUUUCCAUUAUCAUCAUAUGAUCCUCGUCAAUAUGGUUUUAAUAAUAAUUAUCAACGACGAAAUGAUUUUAAUAAUCGAUCACAUUCAAAUCGACAAAAUAUAAAUAAUACUGAAAUAAAUGAUUCAAAUGAUAUUAAUCUUAUUGAAGAAUGGUGGGAAGAUGAUAAUCCGGAAUUAAUAGGAACAAAUCAAUUAAUAGUUAAUAUUGAUUCUCAACCAACAACAACAACAACAACAACAACAACAGUAGAUGAUAGUGGAAAUAGUUCAUUAUCAACAAGUAUACAUUUAAAAGAAUCAAUAUUAGAUGAUGAAGAAAAUAAUAUAUCAACACAUGAUGUUAUUAGUCCACCAUCGAAUGUAUCAACAACAGAUAGUAAUAUUAUUGAAUCACUUGAUCAACUUCAACAACAAUUAAAAUUAGAAGAAGCUGUAGAAAAACAAUUAGCAAUAGAAAAUGAUCAUAACGAAAGUGAAUUAUUAUCGUCAAAUAAAGAACCGACGACAUAUGAAACAGCUCAUUUUUUGGAAUGGGCAAAAGAAAAAUUUAGAGAGGAAUUAGCAGUUCGGCUUACAGCUCAGGAAAUUCAACAACACGAUGCUGUAUCAAUUGAUGAAGACGAUGAUGAUGAUGAUGAUAUUGGUGUAACUACAGAUGUUAAGAUAGACAAAUUUCAUAUUGAUCACACAACUGAUGAAGAUAUUGACAAUACUAUUGAUAAUAUUGAAGAACUCGACGAUGAUCUUCAUAAAAAAUUAUUAAUUGUCGAAGAAAAUUCGAAGAAAUCAGUCGUUGUUGAAUGA